UACCGUGUAUGAUAACAAAUAAUUCAAUAUAAUAAGCAUUGUGUUAACACAAACGACAAACAACGAUCGAGAGUAUUUUUGGAAAAUAGCCCUCCAAAAGAAAGUCUGGAAAGACUUUGUAAUCGUUAUUGUUUAAAUCCCAAAAUAAUCCGAAAAUCACUGAAGGAAUCAAAAAUGAAUCCAAACACGCUGCCACAUUAAUUGUAAGAACAACAUGCACCCUGUGUUCAGAGGGUGUUCCAACUUCCAGAGUAGGGCUUUGACCAAACGACGUUGUCUGUCCUUAUACACCCUUGCUCGAUACAAGCGGGCAUGUUUUGUUUACCCUUGAUGUUUUCUAAAAAAACUGAUUUUGAAAACUAUUUGUGCACUCUUUUGUAUCCCAAAUCAAUAAGAACUUCAGCUUUUGGACUAAGGGCAUUCAAUGCUGAAAUUGCCCAGGUAAAAGAUUUGACUACAGAUCCUAGAAUUGGUGAAAUCAGAUUGAAAUACUGGCAGGAUGUUGUUAACGAAAUAUAUCAGGGGAAAUUGCCUCAUUUACCUGUUGGACAGGAACUUGCAAGAGCUGUUCAAAAACACAAUUUGUCCAAACACUGGCUACUACGACUCAUUGAUGCACGGUUCACCAGUCUCAAAGAGAAUCCAUUUACAAGUAUAAAGAAUAUGGAGGACUAUGCUGAAAAAACUGCUUCUUCUAUGCACUAUUUGCUUUUGGAAUGUUUGGGAAUCAAAAGUGUUCAUGCUGAUCAUGUAAGCAGUCAUAUUGGCAAGGCAUAUGGAAUCAUCACUCAACUGCGUGGAGUACCAUAUCAUGCUUCAAAGCGAAAAAUAUAUCUUCCAUUAGAUGUCCUCAUCAAGCAUCAAGUGUCAGAAGAAGCUAUUGUACGUGGAAGAGAUGAUCAAAAAGUAAAAGAUGUUAUCUAUGACAUUGCUUGCGCUGCUCAUCAACAUCUCAAAUUGGCUCGAGAUUUGAAACAGCAUAUUACUAAGGAAAUGUUGCCAGUCUUUUUAUCAACUGUCAUAUGCGAAGAGUAUCUCAACAAACUCCAGAAAGUUGACUUUCAUGUAUUUCACCCUCACCUGCAACGGAGAGAUAAUUUAUUACCAGUAAAGUUAUGGCUACAAACUAAAAGGGCUAAAUAUUAAAUGAUAUAUAUAUUGAUAAUCUGUGAAAAAUAUAAAAUUAUUUCAUAUUU